AUGAUAUUAAUACUUAUCUUGAUCUUGAACGGGUUGAUGAAUUAUAUAAUAUACAAAAAUUAAUUAAUCGUCUUGAAUUUGAAAAUCCAAUAGUUACACAAGAAUUUGCUAUUAUAGAUGAUAAUAUUAUUCUUGAAACUUUAACUGAUGAAGAUAUUAUACAAUCAGUAUAG